AUGCACUGGGAAACUCACAGAAUUGCUGCAAAGCUCAAGGAUGGGGUAACUAUGACGAGACAUUGCAAGAAACGGCUGCAAGAGAUGCAACGCAAGGAGACAGAGGAGAAGGAGCGCAAGGAGAAGGAAGAGAAGGAGCGCAAGGAGAAGGAAGAGAAGGAGCGCAAGGAGAAGGAAGAGAAGGAGCGCAAGGAGAAGGAAGAGAAGGAGCGCAAGGAGAAGCAAGAGAAGGAGCGCAAGGAGAAGGAAGAGAAGGAGCGCAAGGAGAAGGGGGAGAAGGAGCACAAGGAGAAGCAAGAGAAGGAGCGCAAGGAGAAGCAAGAGAAGGAGCGCAAGGAGAGGGGGGAAGGAGCGCAAGGAGAAGGGGGAGAGGGAACGCAAGGAGAGGGGGGAAUUGAAUUCAGAGACGCCUGUGAAGAUCGCUUUUGGAUCGGAUAUCAAGAGGACUGUGGUCUCUUCUUAUCAAGACCUUCUGGCUGA